AUGGCCACGGAAGUAUGGAGUGGGAAUCAAGGUACUUUAUGCGUCUUUGUGAGUAAGGCGAGAGAUCUACCCAAUUUGACCAAAUUGGAUAAACAGAAUGUCAUGCUCCGAUUGAGAAUUGCACAUAUGACAAGAGAGAGUAAUACGCUAUUUAGGGCAGGCCAGAAUCCUGUAUUUAAUUAUCUCGAGAAAUAUUCCAUUACACCGGAUGUUAAACCUAUAAUGCAAGUGGAAGCAUACUGUGAUAGAAAAAAAAAACCGCCUAUAUUAAUUGGAAGAUGUGAAGUAGAUCUACUCAAUGGUAUGAGGGCAGACCCUAAGGAAGGUUAUUGUUGUUGGUAUGAGUUGAAAAGAGAUAGAAACGAAUUUGCAGGAACAAUUUUCAUUGAAUUGAGUUUCAAUCCAGGUUUACCAAAUUUACGUAAAGAAGAGAGAAGCAAAGACACUGAAGCAAUGGAUGCGACUGUAAGGAGUCGACCUGUACCACCAUUACCAGGUGAUUCAACCUCAAUUAUAUCGACGGAGCAAGACGAUGAUUAUUACCAUCGUUCAUACAUGGAACCGUAUACCCAUGGAUCAGCCAUGAGAGAAAUUACUCCUGCGGCAGGUGGUGCGUGGGACAACCGUCCUGACUUUUCCAGAUCUUCACUUCCUGGUUCAAUUGGUGUUGGUGCACCUCCUGUUUUCAAUUCAUCAGUAGGAACCAGUACAACCAUAUCAUCCGAGGAGACCAACGCAACAGAAGCUACUAGUACCAGUGAUACUAAAUUCCAUUUCGCGAAUUUGAAGAAACUAAAAGAGAGACUCAACGUAUUUAAAAAUCCUAAUAACUCAACAAACAACCAGCAGUCAGAAACCCCAGUUGACAUUGAAGCUCUACAGAAGGCAAUUGGGGUCACAUCUCUAGACGACGAAGAAGGUUAUGUAAGUCGUUCUCACUCAAGUCAUGCGCUAGCAGCAAAUCUUAAUGAUGCAGACGACAGACACCCUUCGUUACCGCCCUUACCACCUAGUAUUUCACAUGGAUCUCGAAGUCAUUCUAAAUCACCGAGAAGACCACCACUUCCGCGUCCUUUUGAAAGUAAUGACAAUGAAAGUGUUGAAUUUGAUCUGCCUUCUCACAGGAAUGGAACACCAAAACUGCCGCCCUUACCAACAGCAGCAAGUCCAAGAAAUAAAUCGAGAUCACCUAGAAGGCGACCACCGCCAGUAUCUAAUUAA